AUGGCUGCCCACCUUGACCUUCUCUUUCAAUACUCUUCUUCUUCUUCUUCUUUUCUUCCUCUUUCUCAAAUUACUCGAGACGGGUCGGCUCCGAACAGUUUGAGCCCUAUGCAAACGCCGGACAUUGUUGUCGAUGACGAUGACUCGUGGGAAGUCAGGGCUUUCGCGGAGGACACCGCUGAUGUCAUGGGAACUACUUGGCCUCCUAGGUCUUACACUUGCACUUUUUGUAGAAGAGAGUUCAGGUCUGCUCAAGCCCUAGGUGGUCAUAUGAAUGUUCACCGUCGCGAUCGUGCUCGGCUCCAUCAAGCCCCGUCGAACGCAAUCAAACCCUUUUCCUCUUCUUCUUCUUCUUCUUCUUCUUCGACCUCGAAUUCUUUCAUUAUCCCAACUCAUGAUUUUAAUGGUGGAGGGUUGUGUGUUCUCUACCCAUUCCCAAACCCUUACAACAUUCGCUCACCCUCUUCUCUUUUCUCUAUGUCCCAUCGUUCCUUCAACAACUUCAUUCCCUCGACCUCGCCCGCCUCAGCCUUUCCGAUUCGUAAUCACCGCGCCGGAGCGAGUAGUUUCCCUCAAUCGUUGAGUGAUGAACAAGCCAUGGAAAGUAGCAACCAAGAGGUUGAUCUAGAGCUCAGGCUUGGACAGGCUCCUUCAACUCAAACUCUCAUGGAAAAGGGUCACAAAAUCUCUAAUUUUGAAGCUGCGUGUCUGAGGAAGAGAUCAGUUUAAGAACAUUAUCAUCAUUCUCUGCAUACAGAGGUAAACAGAUGAACAUCAAUUACUUGGAAAUGAGGUGUUGCUUAGAUAUUGGUUUCAAGUUUCAUGAAUAUAGCUCAAACAUUAGAUUACUUAGUUGAGAAUAUGCAUA